GUCACACGGCGCAAAUUUAGCACCCUGACGGCGUGCAAUCUAUCCAAUCAUUCACUCAUUCGUAUCUAUGGAGAGGGAAACGAAACGAUAAAAAAAAAAAAAAUCAAAUUUCAGCUAGUCAAUUCCUAUCUGUAAUAAUCCAUGAGACUGUUUCGAGAGAGACAGAGAAAGUAGGCAAGAAAGACGGUCAGUGAGACUGAAGAUCACUCACUUUCACACCCUCCUCGGAGAUCUCAUCGGCUGCUGAUCUUUCCUUCCCCGCCGUUUUGCAGGUUUGGUGUUCUCAUUGAUGCAAUGGGUGCUUCAGGGAGAUGGAUUAAAGCAUUGGUUGGUUUCACCAAGUCUGAUAAGUCAAAGUCUUCAAAGAAGGAUGAUAAUGUGAAGAUUGCUACCAAGAGCCGGUUUGGGAGGAAGCAUUCAGUUGAUUUUAAUGCUGAGAAGUUCCAAGAUGGACUUGAAGAUUUAAUUGUCCAUAGUGUGAUAGAUGCUGGAGUCUCUACUUCAACUUCAUUACAAUCAUACGCCGCACCUUGUGAAGAACAAAGGAAGGAACACAUGGCUGCAACGCGCAUCCAAUCAGCUUUUCGAGCCUUUCUGGCUACAAGGGCUUUACGAGCGUUGAAGGGUUUGGUUAGACUACAAGCCCUUGUUAGAGGACACGUUGUGAGAAAACAAGCAGCUGUAACCCUUCGGUGCAUGCAAGCGUUAGUAAGAGUCCAGGCUCGUGUACGUGCAAGACGUGUUCGUCUCUCCUUGGAAUGUGAAACGGGUCAGCAGACGCUACAACAGCAAGUAACAGAUGAAGCCCGGGUUCGAGAAAUAGAGGAAGGCUGGUGCGAUAGCAUUGGAUCUGUUGAACAAAUCCAAGCAAAGCUGGUAAAGAGGCAGGAAGCUGCAGCUAAGCGUGAGAGGGCUAUGGCUUAUGCUUUGACUCACCAGUGGCAAGCAGGAACUAGGCAGCUGUCUGCGCACAGUGGAUUUCAACCUGACAAAAACAGCUGGGGAUGGAACUGGCUGGAGAGAUGGAUGGCUGUUCGUCCAUGGGAGAAUCGGUUUCUUGACAGUAGUAACCCCAGAGAGGAUGCAAACUUAAACAAUAUGGAGCAGUGUGAGAAUGUGCAUAGAACACAGAUGAAAAGUGCAAGCAGGAUGCCAAACACUUCAAGUCUUGUAUCCGGUGGUGUUUCGAGUGGGAAGGCAACAGGGCCAUCUCUGUCUGAUAAUGAUUCUUCUUCACCUGGAAGCAUUCCAGUGGUAUCCAAAGCAAGGUCAAAGCUUGCUAAAGACGAUCUUGCUGUUGAAGUUAACUCAAGUAGACCUGGUGCUGUUUCAAGAUCUCACAGCAAUCCAAAAGAAAGAUCUUCAAAGGAACGGUUAUCUCUACCAAACAGUGGAAAAUCAUUAGGAUCACAGUCAGCUAAAGCCAUCAGAGCAGGAAAACUCACGCAAACAUCUGCGCAAAAUCAGAGAAGACGCAACUCGAACCCAAUAAGGCAAAGGCUUGCAUAGCCCUGCUAGAGUCUCUGAGAAUCAUCAGUCCAAAUCCCUCUCCCAUCGUUCAUGUACAUACACAGCUUCUGAGACACAAUCAUGGGAGAACUUAUGUUGUCUUUCUUUCUGUCUUCAUUGUUGUCUGUGAUUUAUGGUUAGCCAUCCUUUUUGUCCAUGAAUCUCUGUGGAUUCCUUAUAUGACGUAUAUACAUACUUAUGUAAUAAUUUGUUUUUGUCAGUUUGUAUUAACUUUGUA